CGCAGCCCUUCCAGAUGGAACAGAUAAAUGAAAUGGAUUUGACCUUUGGGAAACAAUGUCUGUCGGUUGAAAGCGAGGCCCGUCCGACGAUUGAGGAUGUCUUUUGCUUUUUCGUAGUCCAAAGCAUUGGUGCGGUUGAUUUGACAAAUUCUAUUAGUCGGAUCAAUAAAUACGCCGCGCACUCCGGAGGAUAUGCGGAUGUCCACAAAUGCCGACUUGCCUUGGACUCGACGACCGUGCUUGUACAGCAAACUGUUUCCCAUUACCAGGUCUCUCGUGGAUGCGUUGAUGUGAGUGUCAAACAAGCAAUUUCACUUUUCUAACGGUGUCUAGGUCGCAGUCAAGGUGUUCAGGCUGAUGGGAGGGAUCGAGGCACCUAGAGUGAUCAAUCGAUUUUUUCGUGAGAUCAAAAUAUCGUCGACACUUAAUCAUGAAAAUAUUGUACCUCUCUGGGGAGUUGCACGUCAAUUCAGUGUUCUUCCCGCCCUGGUUUCGCCGUGGCUAAAGAAUGGCACCCUGACCGAAUAUCUGCGGAAUCGACACAAAGAACUUUCUCGUGGCCAACAGUUUGCAUUGCUUAGGGAUGUAGCUCGCGGCCUUGAAUAUCUCCAUUCGCAGCUAAUUGUCCAUGGAGACUUAAGUGGCUUCAACAUCCUUAUCGACGACGACGGAAAAGCACGCCUCACCGAUUUUGGUUUAUCUGUUUUUAUUACAGCGAGAAUAAGCCAAGCCUUAUUACCUAUCGCGCCUGGAGGCACCCUGCACUGGAUAGCACCCGAAUAUCUGAAGGCGGAUGCCAGUAACGUGCCAUCCAUGCUCUCUCAAGCAGGUGAUGUAUACUCUUUCGGAGGAAUCAUGCUUCAGGUAUUGGAGGGGAAGAUCCCAUACCACUACAUCACCCAUACUACUGCUAUAGUUGGUCAAAUACUACAAGGGAUCACGCCUCGAAGGCCGCUUGUACCUGUUAUCGUUGAUGACGACUGGGAUUUCAUCCAGAAAUGUUGGUCACCACAUGCAGCGUCUCGUCCAUCUGCCACAGAUAUUGUUACGGUUAUGGAGGCACGGGCUAUGAUUAUCGUGUAACAGCUACUUUCAUAUCGAUAGAUUUUGUUUCCUUCACCGCUUUUGUUUACUCCUGGAGCUAAACAAACAAUAGGUCAUCAGCAAACUACUGGUUCCCCGACUCCCACGUUAGUGGAGGGAGGGCUUUGUCGAACGCAAACGGAUUCCCAUCACUAA